GCUCCUGUACCUCAGCUGUAGAACCGACGGUAACCAGCAGUACCGCAACGGACAGGUGAAAGUCUUCUUUGGCAACUUUUCAAGCGACUACUGCCUCUCCAACACAAGCCAGUGAGUGUAUUAAAACGAAAAGAUCAACAUAACAUCAGGUUUCUGUCUCAUCAUGGCAUCGCCAGCAAUGAUCACCGUCCCUACCACCGCCUCCCGCUUCGCCCUGCUGCAGAUAGACUCGGACUCGGACUCCGACACCUCUGAGCCGGGGAAGACCUCAACUAAAAACGGACGGGACUCGUCCGGGAAGAUCCGGCAAGGAAAGGCAGGAGCAGCUGGGGGUAAAGCAGGUCAGGGCAACGACAAAAAGAAAGACAAGAAAAAGAAGAAGAAGGAACAACAGCAGAGUGAGGCAAAUGAGCUACGCAACCUGGCCUUCAAGAAGAUCCCUCAGAAGUCUUGUGUCCCGCCUCCACACAUGACACUGUCAGGAAUAGCCAAUGAUCUUCUAAAUCCUGCAGCAGGCGACCAUAGUAUACCUUCAGAGGGUUGGCAGCAAUGGAAGCAGAGGGAUGAGCAGAUGACCAGUGAACUAUAUGAGGCUGAUUUGGAAAAGGCCUUGAUUCUCAGUAAACUGGAGUACGAACAAAAUAAACAGCAGACCAGCACAAACACAUCCUCGCCAAAGUCUCGUGGAGGGAAAGAGGGCGGAGGGAAGAAGGACAAAAAGAAGAAUCAGCAGGCUAAAGACAAAAAGACUGUUUCUUUGCAGGACUUCCAGGCUGAAGGCAGUGUAGAACACUCGAGUAAGAAACAAGAGAAAGAGGAUGGCAGACCGGCAAACACAGAAUUGGGAGUUGGGCAGGAAGAGCGUUUUUUUAAUAAACUGGAGGAUGACGUCAGUCGGAUUAUUCAACGAGAGAAGAGACGUGAGCAGUACUCUAAUAACCAGGGACAAGAAGUCAACACCUCCACAGAACACGAACCAGACCCCCGUGCCGAGCAGCUGAAAUACGAGCUGGAGAAGAAAGACCAGGAGAUUGAUAAGCUAAAGAAAACAAUUUCACAAUGGGAGGUGAAAUACAAAGAGGUGAAAGCAAGAAAUGCCCAGCUGCUGAAAAUGCUCCAACAGGGAGAGAUGAAAGAUAAAGCAGAAAUCCUGCUACAAGUAGAGGAGCUACUACAUAUCAAAGAAGAACUAUCAUCACAGGUAACAUUACUACAUGGGGCUCUUGAACAAGAAAGGUCUAAAGUCAAAGGUCUGCAGUCUGAACAGCCAAAACAUCAGGGAAACAAGAAAGGGAAGAAAGGCUCUGAGUCGGAUCUAUGAAGGCUCCCACAGGAAAGCACCUUAACUGCAAAAUCACAUUUAAUGAAUGAACAAAUGAAGAAAAACCCUACUGAUCAUUAUCAGGGUUGUCUUUCCUUAUUUUUUUAUGUCGGACUCCAUGUCAGCAUAUAAUGCAUGCCCCUCUAAACACACACAUACACACACAACACUCCAGACAUAGCAGGAUGUAUUACGAACAAUAAUUUCAGAGGCUUUUAAAAAUGAGUGACUUUCAAGUUUGUGUUUAAAAUGGUGUUCUGGCUUUCAAUGCUGCCCUCUGCAGGCAUAAACGUGCCACUGCAUCUGCAAGGCUGUGUGCCUGGUUUCUCGGUGGGUUUUAAGGCCAAACUGACAGAUGUGAAAUGUAUGUUCUCUUUUCAUUUCGAACUUUCUCACUGUUAAGUAAAUAAAAUACUUUUUCUUUGAGGAAACA